AUGGAGCAGUACCAAGCAGAUCUGCGUGAUCUUCAGUGCAUCCCUCCCAGCUACCAGCUUUGUGCCAGUGACCAGAUGGACCACAUAGUAAAGAUGAUUGAAAAGAUGGUUGAGAAAGAUAUCGGGUAUCAAGUGGGUGGUGAUGUGUUCUUCUCUGCCGGAAAGUCACCCAACUACAGUCAACUUCUGGAUCAUACUCAAGCUGGUGAUGAAAAUGUUGUUGUUGUUGAUCCAAGGAUCCGCAACCGCGCUGACUUUGCACUAUGGAAGGCUGCAAAACCCGGUGAACCAAGUUGGAAGAGUCCUUGGGGUCCAGGAAUUCACAUCGAGUGCAGCGCCAUGAGCUCACAUUACCGUGAAGGAGAGGAUGUAGAAGAAGCUAAACUUUCUGAUGUUGGAAUUGCAAAACGAAUUGGUGAUGACUUGCAGAACCGACAGUUAGGUGCUAUCUUCUUCAUGUCACCGGAAUCAAUGUGCAAUGAGAGGAAAGUCACGCACCAGAUUUGGGCGAUUCUGCAACAGAGUUUCUGA